CAAGAUGGAAUAGCAUGCCGUUUAUGGAUGCAGCUUCUAAAAAGAGUGUGCUACGCUGGAUAAAGAGGGUGAAAGUGUUUGCAGAUGUGGAUGCAGGGUUCCAUCCAACCCCAAGCAAGACGAAACUUGUGGAGGAUCAUCCUUUUACGACUGCGUUAAAGCAACUUGGCAGCAUGGAAGAGGAUACAGUCCCAACAGACGUGAAAACAACGAUAUACUUUCAAAGCAAGGUGUUGGAGCCUCCUCAGGUCAUUGCCGAAUUUGCAAACUGGACGAAGAGAAUGCAUGAAGAAUUUGACCGGGAGGUCGAAUUUGGAGACGAUCCCACAUACGUCAUUGGCCAAAGUGAAUUGAAAAAGCUUCUAAAGGUCGAAAAAGAAGUUCUCUGUUUUCACAAGUGCCUCAAAGAUCCGCGUGGGGACUGGAGAGCGGGCGAUAUGGUGAAGCUACAGAAAGAGCUAUACAAAGGCAAGCAAAAUUUCUACGGUGUCAUCGAGUGGUUCUUCUGCGAUGGAAUCGACGAACAAUACGGGGAAGUGAAGAUGGUUUGCAGGCCCGUGGAGCUGCUGACUACGGAAGAAGAGAGCAAGAUUGAGACGGCACAGAUUUGCAGCUUCAAGCUCAACAGGUGCAGGUGGUUCCCUUGCACCGUUCUGAAUUCGGAAAAGUGCCACCGCAUGACUCCAAGUGAGUGGCAUACACAGGAGAAUCGGCUGAAGGGAAAGCUGCCGGCGAGUGUUUGGGGGGAAACAUCUGCAUCGGAGUAA